AUGGCAGAUCCAGGGGAAAAUGGUGGAAAUAUUUCCCCACCAAGAGCUUCACUACUAGACCAGGAAUAUUGGUACGAACAGGCACGUAUCGCAUUAAGGAAACGGCUUCAAUACUCGAACGAUCACCGUCCGCACGCCAAGAAUGUGAUUCUGUUCGUGGGAGACGGGAUGGGUGUUUCGACAUCGACCGCGGCCAGGAUUCUCAGGGGCCAGCGAAUGGGAAAGCAAGGCGAAGACCACGAUCUGGCGUGGGAUAAUUUUCCGGCUGUGGGCAUGGCUAAGAUGCCGAACGAAGUUCAAGAACCUCAAUAUGGGUACCCGGGUGGCUUCAUUAAGUAUACUAGCAUUGAGUUUACUCAAUGA